CUGGAAAUCCGUGUCCCACCCCAACUGCCUCUGUGAGGGAGGGAGAGAGGGUUGUGUAAUCAUUCAUUUAUUAUUAUUUUUUCUUUUCUUGAGUUACCUUAAAGUGUGUAUGGAUUGUUCAAUACACAAACUUAAUAAUUUUGUUUAUUUUCUUUGAUUCAGUUUCAAAACUUUUUUGCUCUUAAGUGGAAACACUUCAAACUCUUUUUCUGCUUUCAAUUCCAAUCUAUAUUUCUCUUCUGCCAUGGAAAUGUUUCCUCAACAACACUCUCUUUGCAAAUUAUUCCAGUUCUCAUGUUGUUCUCAAGAAACACUUGUUCUUACCCUUUGCACCAAACACUCUUCUUUUUCUUCUUCUUUGUUGCUCCAUAACUUUCCUUCUCAUUGCUAUGGUGUAACUUCAUGAGGUUCUUCUUCAAUUUAAGACCUUUCUAUUCUUGCUUUAAGUGGGUACCUUCCAAAUCUCUGAUUUGUGUUCUCUAGUUUUCAUUAUCUGAACUUGCUUCUGAGGUGGUUUCUCUUUGGAGAUUGGUGUAAUGGGGGUGGGGGUAGUUUCGUCAUUGAUUCUUCAGCUGGUGAAGCUCUUCAUCAUUGGCUCUGUUGUGACACUGCAAGGAUCCAAAGGGUCUGUUAUAUCCCCAUCUCCGGCAUUCGCUCCGGUCAUUCAUCCCAGAGGAGAAACACUUGGGCCUAUCCAUCAUGGACACUGGAGAAGCAAUGCACCGAGCUCCCCAGUGGAUCCAGAUGGGUUUCUCCUAUCCCCAAAUCCAGCAUCUUUGCCCAUGAAUCCUUCACCUAGAACCAUUUCUCCGAGCUCUCCAGAAGUAUCAAAUGGGUCGUUCUUGCCUACUCCAGUUUCAUCUCCUAUUCCUCCUCAUAAGAUUAAGGGAAUUGAACCAUCCAUAUCUCCCAGUAGUAGUCCAACCACCAUAACAUUAUCACCACCGAACGAGGCUGCGCCUAUAUCGGCAACUGGUCAAGGGAAUGCACCACCACUGCAAUCAAUACAACCAAGUCCACCUCAAAGGAAAGCACCUCCUAUUAGGCCUCCUGAAUCAUCUCCAAUUUCUAGAGCUCAACCUCCAAAUAAUUCACCAGCGAGCCAACCAAUCGAACACGGAAGUUUUCCCCCUGUGGUUGAGAAUAGGAAUGCUAGCAAGAGUCACACCCCGAACCCAAUUUCACCAGCUCCAACUGCAGUACCAUCUACCAACUUGCCUACAUCUUCACCAGUAAGUCAACCAGUUGAAAAUGGCAGUUUCCCCCCUAAUAUUCACACAGAGGGUGCAAAGAAGGGUCAUUCACUGAAACCGGUUGCACCGGCUCCUCUUCCAGUCAUUUUGCCUAAAAUUUCACCGAGUCAGCCACCUGAACAUGGAAGCUUGCCUCCAACUAUUAACAAGAGUAAUUCCAGUGAGAGUCACAAACAGGAUCCAGUUUCACAAGCUCCAGUUGCAUUAUCUCCUGCAACUUUGCCAGAAAAUUCACCCAAUGUUCAUAACAGAACUGUAAAUAAGGGUCUUGCUCACAGUCCAACCGCAGAGCCAGCAUCACCAAAUUCUUUUGCAUCCCCGCCAUCAAAAAUGGAAAAUUACCAACCAGUAGGCCGUCCUGUUCUUCCAAAAGUAACUCCAUCUAUAUCACCUGCACAAGUUACACCACCAAAAAGUGCAUAUCCAAUAAAUCCACCACCUUUCCACCCCGUUAUACCAGCAGUAUCUCCAUCAAAAUUACCAGCACCUGUUGUCUCUCCCACACUAACACCUUCCAGAAAAUCUGAUUGGAAAAGUAACGGCAAACCAGUUUCAGCACCUUUGUACAAAGCACCAAAGCCAUUACCAGCUAUAGUACAUUCCCCUGUUCAAGUCCCAGUUGCAUCACCUCCUGUGAAUUUGCCCGAAAAUUCACCAGUUCGCCAACCUAUUCAUCAAGGAAGUUUAGCUCCUGUUGUUCAUAACAAAACUGAAAAUAAGGGUCAUAUUCACACCCAAGAGCCAGCAUCACCAAAUUUUCUUGCAUCCCCACCAUGGAAAAUGGAAAAUAACCAAUCAGUUGGCGGUCUUGUUUUUCCAGAAAUAACUCCUUCCAUAUCACCUGCACAAGUUGCACCACCACCUUUCCACCCAGUUUCACCACCAACAGUAUCUCCAUCAAAAUUGCCAGUACCUGUUGUUGUCUCUCCGGCAGUACCUGUUGCUGUCUCUCCGGCACUAACUCCUUCCAGAAGCUUCGAUUGGAAACGAAGGGGAGAACCAGUUUCGGCACCAUUGUACAAAGCACCUAUGCCGCUGCCAGCUGUAGUACAUUCCCCUGUUCAAGCCCAUGCAGUACAUAAUUCAAGGCAGUUUCAUCAUGCUCCUGCCCCUCCGGUGUCUCCUCCUAAAUCUGCAUCAGAAAAAGAAUAUCAUUCCCCUGCAUCUUCACCAUUAACCACAUCUUAUAAACAUCACUCUAGGAGUAUAGCCACCAGCCCUGCUCCUACAUUAUCAUAUUCGGUUUCCCCUCCAACUUCAGAACACCAAGAUCACCAAAUUCCUCCACCACUGUCGACAACGGGACGAACACAUCAUGCUUCGCCACCAGCAAACACAGGUUCUACACUUUCCUCACCAGCCAGCCAGGUUUCUCCGGCUCCUUCUCCAUGGUUCAUAAUAUCUCCUCACCCAACCAAAAUUCUAUUUCAUCCUCCUAAAGUAUCUCCUUCGCGGUCUCCUGCGGAGAGUCCUAAGAAGCCAGUCCUGCCUCAAAUUCACACACUGCCUCCACCACCUCCUAAUGAAGAUUGUUUAUCAACUAUUUGUUCAGAGCCCUACACAAAUUCUCCACCUGGAGCACCAUGCAGAUGUGUCCUUCCCAUGAAAGUUGGUCUUCGCCUUGGUGUUUCUCUGUAUACCUUCUUCCCUUUGGUUUCAGAGCUUGCUUCCGAGAUUGCUGCAGGGGUUUUCAUGACACAAAGUCAAGUUCGAAUUAUGGGAGCCGAAGCGGCAAGCCAAGAUCCAGAUAAAACUGAUGCUCUCAUUUUCUUGGUACCCAUUGGGGAAGGCUUUGAUCACACUACUGCCUUACUGAACUCUCAGAGAUUUUGGCAGAAGAAUGUUGCAAUAAAAUCUUCUUACUUUGGUAGCUAUGAAGUCUUGUAUGUUAGCUAUCCAGGUUUACCACCAUCUCCUCCUCUACCACCUUCAAGCAUUUCGUCGAUAUACGGUGGUCCAUAUUCAAAUAAUGGUAACAAUGGAAGAAUGAUAAAGCCCCUUGGGGUGGACAUACAGAAGAGGCAUCACAAAGAUGGACUUAGUAGGGGCAUCAUUGCUAUUAUUGCUCUCUCGGUUUUUCUUGCUCUUGUUUUAUUAUUGGCUGCUGGUUGGGCCUUGUUCAAGUAUAGACAUCAUGUAAGCCAGCCAACAUCAACCCCGCGUGUUUCGCCACGUUCUGUUACCAAAACACAAGGAACUACUGAAUCAUUAGCAGCUGGGGGAAUUGCUUCGGCCUCAUCAUCAUUUCGAUCUAGCAUUGCUGCUUAUAAAGGAUCUGCUAAGACUUUCAGUGCGAACGACAUUGAGAAAGCCAGCAAUAACUUUAACGAUUCAAGGAUACUUGGAGAAGGUGGUUUUGGUCGGGUUUAUAGUGGUAUUUUUGAAGAUGGGACAAAAGCAGCAAUCAAGGUUCUCAAAAGGGAGGAUCAUCAUGGUGACCGUGAAUUCUUAGCUGAAGUUGAGAUGCUUAGCCGCCUUCACCACAGAAAUUUGGUUAAGCUUAUUGGUAUAUGCACCGAGGUUAGCUUCCGCUGCCUCGUCUAUGAACUCAUCCCAAAUGGCAGCGUGGAAUCCCAUUUACAUGGUGUUGACAGGGAAAACAGUCCACUUGAUUGGAGUGCUAGGAUUAAGAUCGCUCUCGGUGCUGCACGCGGUCUGGCUUAUCUGCAUGAAGAUUCAAGCCCCCCUGUCAUACACAGGGACUUCAAGUCUAGUAAUAUCUUGUUGGAAGAUGAUUUUACACCAAAAGUAUCUGAUUUUGGAUUAGCUAGAAUUGCAGCCGACGAAGAGAACAGACACAUAUCAACUCGUGUCAUGGGAACUUUUGGAUAUGUGGCUCCGGAGUAUGCAAUGACUGGCCAUCUUCUUGUGAAGAGCGAUGUGUACAGCUAUGGUGUUGUUCUACUUGAGCUUCUAACAGGAAGAAAACCAGUAGAUAUGUCGCAAGCACCCGGUCAAGAGAAUCUUGUUGCAUGGGCUCGUCCCUUGCUCACAAGUAAAGAAGGAUUGGAAGCGAUAAUAGACCCGUCUCUAGGGACUGAUGUGCCUUGGGAUAGUGUGGCCAAAGUUGCAGCUAUUGCUUCAAUGUGUGUUCAACCAGAGGUAUCGGACCGUCCUUUCAUGGGUGAAGUUGUUCAGGCUCUAAAACUUGUGAGUAAUGAAUGUGAUGAGGCAAAAGAAGCAGGUACAAGAAAUUCUAGCCAGGAGGAUUUAUCUCUUGAUUUGGAUAAUGUUUCUAGUCAACUACCAGAUCAUUUCCAAUUCCAACGUCAAUUCUCUGCCGCCAACUAUACUUCUGGAAGUGAUAUCGAAAAAGGUUUGUCAUCAUUUGAGAUAUUCAGCUCCUCAGCAAGAUUUGGAAGGCAAGAUUCGGGAUCUUUUCGACGUCACUCCUAUUCGGCUCCUUUGAGAACCGGAAGAAAGCAGCAGUUGUGGCAGGUUAUUAGCCGGCUUUCUGGUAGUGUAAGUGAACACAGAACCAUCUCCAAGUUAUGACCAGGUUCAAAUUGAAUCAUUACAUUUUCUUUUUUCCUCUGAAUCUUUGUUUCAUAACUCCACAUAACUCACUGACUACUCUGAUUGAACCCUUUUUGAGGUUUGAUAUGGGAAUAGAAGCACGUUGUAAAUAGGAUGUCACAUGUUUUUUAUUCUAACUGCAGAAUCUUGUGUAACUGUUACUGAUUCUGAAGAGGGAAAGCAUUAAUGUAAAUGACUUAAUUUAGUUUGAUGAUAAAUGAGUGAAGUUGGCUCUUUUUCUUUA